UACCCCCAACCAAAUCUGUCGUGCGUUUCCGUCAGAAAAAGGGGGAAUUCCGUCCAACGUCGAACACCCCAAAUCCCCCCGAAACCUCCGGCGGCGAAAUCCUCCGUGCCUCCUCGCAACUCACAUCCAUCGCCUCCGUACCCCGGCACGCUCGAACCUCCCGAUUUCCCUCAAUCGGUUCUUGCAUCUCGCUGUCUCGCCGCGCUGCUGGUUGUCUGAUCCUUCGGGAGGGGGGAUUCCUCGCUGUCCCUCGCCCAUGGAGGCGGCGGGCUCCAGUUCGUCCCGGCCGCCGAAGCGCCGCCGGCCCGGGCUGCGUCCGUCGACGUCCCUGGAGAUGGCCGGCGCGAGGACGCCGUACAUGCCGUCCCUCUGCACCAACUCCAAGAACCCGUCCACCAAAUGCUACGGUGACAGAUUCAUACCAGAUAGGUCAGCAAUGGACAUGGACAUGGCAUAUUACCUCCUCACGGAACCUAAGAAGGACAAGGAAAAUGAAGCCGUGGUAUCACCGUCUAAAGAAGCAUACAGGAGGCUUCUUGCUGAGAAACUCCUGGGCAGCAGAACCAGGAUUCUUGCCUUCAGGAACAAGCCACCAGAACCUGAAGGGAUGCGACCACAGAUUUUAUUUGAAACUCCGACUUCCAGUCAGACCAAGCCUACUAAACAGCGCCGAAAGAUUCCCCAGUUUGCUGAGAGGACGUUAGAUGCCCCUGGAGUGGUUGAUGAUUACUAUCUUAACGUGCUAGACUGGGGAAGCAAAAAUGUGGUAUCCGUUGCUCUUGAGAAUACCUUGUACUUGUGGAAUGCAUCUGAUAGCUCUACUUCUGAGCUUGUGACUGUUGACGAUGACUAUGGUCCCAUCACUAGUGUCAGCUGGGCUUGUGAGGGGCAGCAUAUUGCCGUUGGCCUUAACUCUUCUGACAUCCAGCUCUGGGAUACAAGCUCUAAUCGCAUGCUGAGAACACUCCGAGGUGUCCAUGAAUCAAGGGUUGGUUCACUAGCUUGGAACAGUAGCAUCCUGACAAGCGGUGGAAUGGAUGGCAAGAUCGUGAACAACGAUGUCCGAAUGAGAUCCCAUAUGGUUCAGACAUACCGAGGGCAUGAAGCAGAGGUAUGCGGGUUGAGAUGGUCAGGAUCUUUGCAGCAAUUGGCGAGUGGUGGAAACGACAAUCUGGUGCACAUAUGGGAUGCAUCGAUGGCGUCUUCUAAUCCAUCUCUGGGUUACAACAGAUGGCUUCAUAGGUUUAGUGACCACUUGGCUGCAGUGAAGGCUCUUGCCUGGUGUCCAUUCCAGAGCAAUCUACUUGCCUCUGGUGGUGGUGGAAAUGAUCGAUGCAUCAAAUUCUGGAACACACACACUGGUUUAUGUCUGAAUUCUGUUGAUACUGGGGCCCAGGUAUGCGCACUGCUCUGGAAUAAGAAUGAAAAGGAGCUACUGAGUGCCUGCGGGUUUGUACAGAAACCACUCACAUUAUGGAAGUACCCAUCAAUGGUUAAAUUGGCCGAACUCGAAGGCCACACUUCACGUGUCCUCUGCUUGGCACAGAGCCCUGAUGGCUCCACGGUAGCCUCUGUUGCAGCAGAUGAGACUCUAAGGUUCUGGAAUGUGUUUGGAACUUCUGAAGCACCGAAACCUGCAGCCAAGACCGUACACACUGGAAUGUUUAGUUUCACUCAUAUCAGAUGAAGUUUCAUCUGUAAUAGGGUUGCGGGUAAUCGCCGUAUAUACUAGUAUGAAGAAGCUUACAAAAGAUGUACAUAUUCUCUAGAACCUGAUCACCAUCCAUAUUUUGCGGGAGUUGACCAACUUUGGAACUUCUGAUCUGAUAGGCAACUUAACCAUCAUUUUGUUCAGAGAGAAGUUUAUCGCGAUUUA